AUGCGCAUGCGAGGCUGCCAGGACAACGACUGGAAGCAGGACAAGUCGACUCACCACCCACCUUCCUCGAACAGAUAUUCGCGACUCACAGCUACAGCUGGAUACACGCCAUCCCACUUUCCACCGUCCCUUCGCCACGCCGCAACGGAGCCUUGGCUGUUUCAUGUCCCCCAAACCGAGCCCUUGGACCAAACCUUUUCAACAUCCUCCGCGGCGGCAGUUAUGACGGACUCGAGUCCCCAUUCGACUACUUCUUCGACCUUUAAGAAUGAGCGUACCACAGUCGAGACGGACGAGCGACAGACAGUGGAUCGCUCCCGGGAGCCGAGGGCAUCCACCUCGUGGACGACGUCGGCCGACAACGCGCACGGCGGCCAGCGCACAGUGACAGCGUCCACCUCCAUGUCCCGCACGAGCCACCCGCCGCCGACCUCUGUCCUCGCGCGCGACGUCAUGCGUGCGCCCAAAUACGGAGGCCACUCGAAGCGAGAGCAGCUGGGCAGCAUCAACGAGAGUUGGGGCGAUAUGCCUGGUGAUCCGCCUCGAAUCGGGCUCUUCCAGCCACCACCUGACCUCCUAGACCGCGCGCCAUCGCCGUUCAGAGAAGCGGCAGCGAAAUGGCAGCGAACCACGGUCAAAACCGCCCGAUGGGAUCAACCCACUCCAUCACCCAACGAUUCCCAAGCCGAGCAUCUCGACUACGGAGACCAGUGA